GCAUAUGCAUAUAUACUGAAGUAUUGCAAUGAUACGGGAUGACUUAUAAUACUAUAGGCAUUAUAGGUUGUUAAUAUAAUUGCAAAAUUGUAAACAAUGAUAUCGAACAUUUAAAAAAAGUAGAUUAGCUAUAAUUUUUUAGUAACCAAAUGGCUGAUUAUCAGUGGCCUUGGGAAUACAAUUUUCCUCCGUUUUUCACAGUUCAACCUCAUGUAAAAACGAAAGAACAUCAAUUAAUGAUUUGGAAAUCGUUGGUUUUAAGCUACCAAAAACAUAACCGACAAGCGGUGUUGAACAUUAAUGAAGAUAGUGAACUGUUUGAAAACAAAAGUAUUUCAAGAAAAUUGUCCCCUGAAGGACGACUUUGGGUAAUGGAAGAGUUGUCGAAGUCUGGUAAUGCAUCACCUGUGGACAAGCGUAAACAACAAUGGGAAGUCUACUGGCACACACUGGAAGAGUGGAGUGCACUAGUAUAUGACUGGGUCGUUGCAAACGGAAUGACUAAUACUGUAUGUACAAUCUACGAAUUAGUUUCCGGAGAUACAAGCAUUGGAGAAGAGUUUCACAGUUUAGAUCAAGAAGUAUUCAAAAAGGUGUUGAAGUUGCUAGAAGCUAGAGGUAAAUGUGAAAUAAUUGCAUUUGAAGAUAACGAAGGUGUAAAAUUUUUCUGAUACGUCUGAUAUAUAUGUAAAUAUAUUUAAAAUCGUUUAAGUAAA